UGUGUGACUGUCUGUCUUGCGACUCUGGGGAAGCUUCCUUUCAUUCUCCCAAAGCUCGGGCUGGGCCGCGGGGUUUGCAGGGCCUUCCCCUUCUACUCAGCAUGGGAGAGGCCCAACUAGGCCGGUGUGACCUUCCCGGCCCCCGCCCGGGCUGGAGGGAGACCCGGAGGGUUGGCCUUGCAAGUCUGGCAUUAUUAUUUUUUUCCCGUUUACCUGCCUGCAGCCCUGGGAGAACCUUAAUUUAGAGGCCCUGAGUUGGGGUGAACCUAGCCCCCACAAAAUCCUUCGGGGUGUAACUCAGGAAGGCCUAGCGAAUCCUGACUGUGGUGGUGUCGCGAGACCCUAUUGCAGGCAGCAAGGAGAGGGUAGGUGGGCAGAGUUGAGGAAGUGCCCUCCCUUACCCUCCACCCCAAGCCCACCUGUGGCCUUGGGGUUUCCCGUGUGGGGGGGGGGCGGUUGGGGACCCUCGUGUCUCCGGUCAUUUCCACCCCUAGACACCCCUUUUGGGCACCGGACCCCGCAAUCAGUUCCCGCAACUGCUCCCCGGCCGGCGCCCGGGGCCCGCUCCCCCCCAGAGCCGGCGCGGCUGGAAUGUUCUCUCCUCCUCGCGGGGCCGCUUCCUGUCCGCCAUGUUGGAAGCCGAUUCCUGUCACCGACUCCGGCCCACGGAGGAGCCGAGGGGGGAGGGUGUCGAGGGGCGCCCGGUGCGGCAGAGCCGGUGGCUCGGGAUACCCACCCGCGGUCGCUCUACCCUUUGCACUGUGGGGGUGCAGCGGCCCCCGGCUCGCGGCCGCCCCUCCCCCCGUCGCCGGCCGGGUUGUGUAACCCGGUGGCGGCCGCGCGGCCCCGGGCGGGUCCCUGGGGUGAGGGGUGGGGGAGGGAAACGGCCACGAGGGGAGCGGCUUGCGCUGGGCGCCGCGUUUCCGGCUCCCCGGUGCGACGUGAGGAGCAGGCGGUCGGGGUGGAGAGCCGGCCUCGAAGCGGGGAACGGGUCUCGAAGCGGAGCAAAGAGAGAAGGAGGCCGCAGACGCCGGGCGGUGUCCGCCACGCUCCUCCGCGCUGGAGGUUAUUAUCUGAAACUUAAUACAGAAGAAAAUGCCUUUAUUUGCUUCUUUUAGUGGUCUCACCUUUUCCUUUGAUGUAGAGUGAGUAACUUAAAAUAAGUAAGCCCUGUUGUGAAUUUUCCCAGACUGUUCUGUUCCACAUCAAGCUCUUUUAAAACAGUGGUUCCCAAACUUUUUUUUUUAAUCUUAGAAAUACUUAUACUCUUAAAAUAUGCAAAGAGCUUUUUAAAUUUAUUUUAUUUUAUUAUUAUUUUUUUUUAUCAAUGUAUGGUUGCUUCUGGUGCAUCCCCUACUCUGAACUGGCCUGCAACCCAGGCAUGUGCCCUGACGGGGAAUUGAACUGCUAUCUUUUGGUUCGCAGGCCUGUGCUCAGUCCACUGAGCUACACCAGCCAGGGUGCAAAGAGCUUUUAAUGUGUAUUAUAUCUAUUGAUACUUACCAUAUUGGAAGUUAAAACAAAAAUACACAAGCUCUGUGAAUUUUAACCUUCACAGACUAAAGACCCAAGAGAAUGAAUGAAAGUGACAAAGGCAAGUUACUUGGUAUUCCUGUCAGAGGCCCAUCCCCUGCCCCCCCCCCCGAAAGGCUGCCUCAGAUGAAUGUGUGUAUAUCGUUCUGUUGUGUAUCUGUUUCUAAUGACUUGACCUCAAUCAAGAUGGUUUGGGAACAUUUCAUAGAGAGGUAGAUAACUAAUAUCACUGUUACUAGUUAGGAAAUGGGAAGUGUUGUGGACUCAGUUGAAUCAUCUAUAGUGAUAAAUUGUUUAUGGCAGUUGAAUGUCUUAAGUUAAACUUGAAUACCAUAAUAGUUUUUAAAAAUAAGUUGCCUUUCAUUGUAGUUUUGUUUGUAAAUAUUUCCUACUGUGUCAUUUGGAUGGGCAGUAUGACGUAGUGAUAGGGAACCAUGUUCCAGACACUGGUUCAGAUUUCCAGUUCUUCUGUGACUUGGGCAAGUUCCUUAAUUUUUCUAAGAGUAUGUUUUGUUCACUCAAAUAUAAAAUGAAGAAAAGUUAUCUUAUAGACUUAGAAACAUAGGUAUGUGUUUUCGUUUUAGACUAAAAGGAUGAUUUAAUGUCUGGGAAAUAUCAAAAUGAAUUUAAUUGCUUUGGAAAAAGUUCACAGGUGUUAUAUUUUAUUUGACAAAAUGCAAUAGAAACUGUUUAUGGUACUUCCAGUCAUUUAUCACUUCAUAGAAAUGGAGUCUUUAAUUUCCUUAUAAUACUUAAAAUUAUUGUAUCAGUAUAGCAAUUUUGCCCAGAGGGUAGCUCUGCUCUUAACUGUAAAGGAAAUUUUAUAACAGUCUUGUGAGAAUGAUGAGGAAUUUUAUUAGAUGAGCAGUAUUAUGGCAUAUUGAUUGCUUAAGAAGUCAUAUUCUUUCUGAACUCAGACUUUGGUCUGUCUCUUAGUCAAUUUCCUGAUCUAUAAAAUAGGGUUGACAAGUGUCUUUUUAAAGAACUGUGAAGUUAUAACAUACAAAACUAAAGCUCAUAGUGUAAUGUCUAGCACACAUUAAAAUAAACAUUCCUUAAAUGUUAAGUACUUCUGUAAUGUGCUUAUUGUAAUUUUUAAAAACCUUUUUUU